GAAACUAAAUCAUUAGAAAUUAAAGAUUAGUCAAAACAAGCAUAAAGAUGCCUGUACAAUUGGCGAGAGAACGUCCUGUGACGUUGGAAGUUGAGAAUCUAGAGUUUGGCAUCUACAGCAGUGAUGAGAUUCGUCAAAUUAGUGUCUGUAAAGUCACAAAUCCAAUUGCCUUUGAUUCUCUUGGAAAUUCGACGAGAGGAGGUCUUUAUGACAAUAGAAUGGGCCCUUGUGCUCGACGUGAGUUCUGUGGGACAUGCAACAAUGAUAAUAAUACAUGCGAAGGACAUUUAGGACACAUUGACUUAGUCAUGACUUGUUAUAAUCCUCUAUUUAUGAAAUAUGCAGCUACAAUACUCAAAUGUAUAUGCACAAAAUGUAAAAAAAUCCAGCUAACUGAGCGAAUGAAGGAAAUAGUGGAACUCCAAUUGAGGCUUGUUGAUGCCGGAUUUGUAAGUGAAGCAUCUGAUCUUGAGGAGCAAAAAAUCAUAUUCUGUAACAUGUCAAAGAUUUCAUCAAGAGUCAAAUUUGAUGAUCUAGAGGAAGCCGAGAAGAAUGAAAAGAAACGCGAAAAAACAUAUACAAAAACCAUGAAAAAGCUUCGUAAAUUGCUUGAAGAGCAUCCAGAAAAUCCAUACGAUAAAACAAAGACAUCUGAAGGACUUAGAAAUUCAAUUAUGCACAGUGCUGUCGGUGCUGCAUCGAGUACAACGACAAAGAGUAAAUGCAUUCACUGCCAAAGCACUUUAAAGAAGAUCAGAUAUAAUUUUAAGAAGUUUGUCAUUUCAUUGUCUAAAAAUGAGAUGGACGAGAUUAAGAAUCGCAGUACAAUGGAUGAAGAUGACAUGUCUCAGAAAUCAUCAACAAAAGUUAUUAUGGCUAAUGAAUGUCGAGAAUACAUGAAGGAAAUUAUGGAAAAUGAUGGCGAUUUUUUGAAAAUUAUGUUUCCAAUUUUAGGAAAAGCUAAAGGAAAUCCUUUUGAUGUGUUUUUCAUGGAUAUUGUGCCUGUCAUUUCUCCAAUUUGGCGACCACCAAAUCAUAUCCGUGACAUGCUUGUAGAACAUCCACAAACCAAGUCUUAUAAAAAUAUUGUUGAAUUUAAUAAUGAACUUUUCUGUAUCUUGACGACUAAGAAGAAAAUGGAAGAACUUGAAAUUAGUUCAAAUGUUUCAUCAGAGAUGCUUAAAGAAGCUGAAAAUGUCUUUAAAAUGGCUCGUGGAUCAUCUGUGAAUGAAAAGAUAUAUUUUAAAUGGGAACAGCUUCAAAAUGCAAUUGACAUGACACUUGAUAAGCAAGCAAAUGUCAGUAAAUAUAAUGCAGACAAUUCUGUUGGAAUUAAACAGAUUAUUGAGAAGAAGCAAGGAUUAAUUAGAAUGCAUAUGAUGGGAAAAAGAGUUAAUUAUGCAGCAAGAACUGUCAUUACACCUGAUCCAUAUAUUGAUGUCGAUUCUGUUGGAAUUCCUGAAGCAUUUGCAUUAAAAUUGACUUAUCCGGUUGCAGUCACUCCUUGGAAUGUUACACAACUCCGAAAAAUGGUCAUUAAUGGACCUGAUAAACAUCCAGGCGCGUGCUUUAUUGAAACAACAAAUGGAUCAAAAAAGAUAAUUCCUAAGGAUGCAAAUCAGCGAGAAGCUAUGGCCAAUACACUCUUAAAACCCGAGAAGAAUGAUGGACUUAAAUUUGUUCAUAGACAUUUACUUAAUGGUGAUGUAUUGCUGCUUAAUCGACAGCCAACACUUCAUAGACCAUCAAUUAUGGCCCAUAAGGCUAGAAUCUUGAAGGGAGAGAAGACAUUCAAGCUCCAUUACUCAAAUUGUAAAAGUUACAAUGCUGAUUUUGAUGGUGAUGAAAUGAACGCGCAUUUCCCACAGAACGAAGUUGGACGUAGUGAGGCUUAUAAUUUGGUUGGUGUGCAGAAUCAUUAUCUAGUUCCAAAAGAUGGAACUCCUUUGGGAGGUCUGAUUCAAGAUCAUAUGAUUUCUGGUGUAAAGAUGUCAAUGCGUGGACGAUUUUUUUGUAAAGAAGAUUAUCAGCAGUUAGUUUUUCAAGGAUUAAGUACAAAAACGGAAAGAAUUAAGUUACUUCCACCGACAAUCUUGAAGCCUUAUAAAUUAUGGAGUGGCAAGCAGAUUUUCUCCACAGUUAUAAUCAAUUUAAUUCCUGAUUAUAAGGAACGAAUCAACAUAACAUCAACAGCUAAAAUUAAUUCUGGAUUAUGGCAAACAGAGAAGAAACGAAAGUGGAAAUUUGGCGGAACUGAAUUGACUGGAAAUGAUAUGAGUGAAGCGGAAGUGAUAAUUCGUAAUGGUGAACUUCUUGUUGGUGUUUUAGACAAAAAUCAUUAUGGAGCUACUCCUUACAGUUUAAUUCAUUGCAUGUACGAGCUUUAUGGCGGUGAUGUAUCUACGAAAUUGCUGUCAGCGUUAACAAGAGUCUUUACGACAUUCCUCCAAUGGGAAGGAUUUACUCUUGGUGUUCAUGACAUUCUAGUUCUCGGCGAUGCUGACAAAAAAAGAAGAGAAAUUAUUGAAAAUAGUCGAAAUAUUGGAAAGAGUGUUACAUGCCAAGUACUUAAUGUUCCUGAAAACAUUAAUAAUGAAGAUCUAGCUGAGAAAUUAGAGGAAGCUUAUGCGAAUGAUCCAAAGUUUAGAACUCAAUUAGAUAGAAAGUAUAAAUCAGCACUAGAUUCAUACACAAAUGACAUCAAUAAGACAUGCUUGCCAAAUGGUUUAAUCUGUAAAUUUCCAUUAAAUAAUCUCCAAUUGAUGGUUACGUCUGGUGCUAAAGGUUCUACUGUUAAUACUAUGCAAAUUUCAUGCCUUUUAGGACAAAUUGAAUUGGAAGGAAAACGUCCGCCAGUUAUGAUUAAUGGCAAGUCAUUGCCUAGUUUCUUACUUACUGAUUGUAGUCCAAAAGCUGGAGGAUAUAUUGAUGGACGUUUCAUGACAGGAAUUGAACCUCAAGGAUUCUUUUUCCAUUGUAUGGCUGGUCGUGAAGGUUUGAUUGAUACUGCUGUUAAAACCAGUCGUUCUGGAUAUCUUCAAAGAUGUCUAAUUAAGCAUCUAGAAGGUUUAACUGUUAAUUAUGAUGGAACUGUACGCGAUAGUGACAAAAGUGUUGUUCAAUUUAUGUACGGUGAAGAUGGAAUGGAUAUCCUCAAAUCACAAUUUUUAAAAUCAAAAACUAUGCCGUUUUUAGUAGAGAAUCAAAAAGCAAUUUUAAGUGACAGUAUGUUGGACAUGGUAAGGAACACACCAGAAACAGAUGAAAAUAUGAGAAAAAUUGCAAAGAAAAUCAAGGCAUAUAAAAAAAAGUUUGGAAAUACGCUACAAAAACCAGCACGUGGAUAUUCAGUCAAGAAAUGUCCAGGAACAAUCAACUCAGAAUUCUCACCACACAAAAACUUUGGUUCCAUUUCUGAAUGUGCUGAAGGCAUACUAGAUAAAUACUUUAAAGAUAAUAAUGAUGUUGAUAAAGAGAAUGUCCGUGAAAUGUUUUAUUUAAAGAAUAUUAAGUGCUUAGCGGAACCAGGUGAAGCUGUUGGGCUUUUAGCAGCACAAUCUAUUGGAGAACCAUCAACUCAGAUGACAUUAAACACUUUUCACUUUGCUGGUAGAGGUGACAUGAACGUAACAUUGGGUAUUCCUCGAUUAAGAGAAAUUUUAAUGAUGGCAUCGAAAGCUAUAAAAACUCCAUCAAUGGAAAUUGCCUUCGUUAAUCAGAAUUCUGAUAAUUUAGAUAAAAUUGCUGAAAAGUUUAGAAUUCGAUUGAAUCAAGUCACUUUAUCGGAUGUUCUUGAAUAUGUCAAUGUAAAAUCUUGGAUAUCCUUAAAACCAUCUCGAGCACGAAACUACGAAUUUACAUUCAAUUUCCUUCCACGUUUUGCUUACAAAAAGCAGUUUAUAGUCAAGCCAAAAAAGAUUGUCAAAUAUACACAUGAAGCCUUCCUAAUAAGGCUAUUCAGGUUGAUUGAAAAAGCGUCUAAGGAUACAGGCGGUGAUUAUAUUGAAAAGGAACUGAAGGAAAAGACCUCCAAAAAAGUUAAUGAAGAUGGAGACGAGGAAAGUGGACAAGUUGAGAAUGUUGUGAAAGAUUUAAAUGCAGGGGAAGAAUCUGAUGAUGAUGGAGAUGCUCCUAUGGACGACGAUGAUGCAACAGCAGACAAAAGAAAAUCUAAACAGGUUGAUGAAAUGGACUACGAUGAGCCUGAGAAUGACGAUGAGAUGAACGAUGCAAACUCGGAUAAAUCAGACGAUGAAUUCGAUCUUGAAAGGGUCAAACUAGAAGUUGAUGAGGAUAUGGAUGUUUCUAAGUUAGAGAAACUUAUAUUAGAAAAUUCAAAUGCUGAUCUUGAACAAUUGAAGGAAAUAGAAGAAAAAGAAGAUGCUGAUUCAGAAAAUGUGAAGGAUGAUGAGGUAGCCAAGGCUUUAGCAAAGAAAGCUCAUGUCACGUGUAGCAAUAUCACAGUAAAUGAAUUCACAUCAGACUCAAAGCAUCAUAGAUGGUGCAAAGUGAAAUUCCAAGUUCCAAUAAAAUUCAAGAAUAUCGAUUUGACGAGUGUCAUUAAAGAUGCAGCAAGAACUGCCGUUAUUUGGGAGAUUCCUAAAAUCAAGCGUGCAAUUACAUUCAAGCAGAAUGAUUUGUUGUGCAUCAAAACUGAAGGAAUCAAUAUUGAGGCAAUGCUACAGUACGACAAAAUAUUGGAUUUGAACAAGCUAUACACGAACGACAUACAUGCUGUAGCUAAUAUUUACGGAAUAGAAGCAGCUGCUCGAGUCGUUGUCAAGGAAGUUCAGAAUGUAUUUAAAGUUUAUGGAAUUACUGUUGAUCCAAGACAUUUGUCGCUUAUAUCAGAUUAUAUGACAUUUGAUGGAACUUUCAAGCCACUCAAUAGAAAAGGAAUUGAGUCAUCAGCAUCGCCAAUGCAGCAAAUUUCGUUCGAAUCAGCUCUACAAUUCUUAAAAACUGCAGCAGUUCAAGGAAAAAUUGAUAAUAUUGAUUCACCAUCUGCCUGUCUUAUAGCUGGACAUCCUUGUAAAAUUGGAACAGGUGCAUUUGGAUUAAUUAAUGAUUUAAGUUAUGCUUUAAAAUAAUAAUUUUUGAGAAAUAAAAAAACGGUCAACAUUUUUUUGAAUUAA